CCUAAACUAGGCAUCAAGAAUUCCACCAUCAUCAUUAUUAUUACUAUUACUAUUCCUUCUGCAAGAACCACCCGCGUCUGUCUUCUCUAACCAUCUUUGUCUGCCUUAUCACAACGUCCAAGGCAACUCAGUCUCACCUCCUCGCCAACCCCACCCAAUAACCAUGCACUGAGAGUUGUUUCGCCAGCCGACCACAAAGAGUCCGCUGCUCCAUCGAUACGAAAUGACAACGGGCACUUCUUCCAGACCGGGCCCGCCCUCGCCCUCAGCUUCCUUCUAUGACCUAUCCGACGAUGAAGAAGGAGGCUACAAUACUAUCGCUCACGCCACCUCUGUCCGAGGCGUCAAGCUUCUCUUUUCAAAGAGCAAAGUCUACGUCCACCCCUCUCCCUCAGCCAAAGACAACAUCCCUGGCUUCAUAGCACUUGUUCAACAAAAAUCCCCACCCAAUUCUGGUGAUCAACGGCCCGCAACUGCCGACUCCAACAAGAAGCAUUCAAACACCGCAUCUUAUCUGCUGGCAUGGGUUCCAGAGUCGUCACUAGCACAAGAUGAUCUCAACACCUAUGUCAAGGUCGAUAUGAAAAACGAUGGAUCUCCUCCUCGACAGUCCUAUCUCGUCCCGCCCCUCCCCCUCGCCACCACCUUUGACGAGUCUCCUGUCGGUCCCUAUGCCUUUUCUUUUCCUCUGUCCAACAUUUACUCCAUCAAUGUGCGCCCUCCCAGUCUGGGGUGGUGGUUCGGGAGUAUUGUCAUCAAUACUCGCUCCGGCUCCAGUUUACCCGCUUUAUUCUUCCACGACUCCGAGUGUGAGAGCACCAUCCUUCAAAAGAGAAAACGUGCUAAGGAAUCAUUUGAUCCAUUCGGCGAUAGCGGAGAACUCUUCUGGGGAGGCGACGAGGUCAUACGCUGGCUCAAGAGAUAUGUCAAUGUUGAACGAAGUACUGCCGAGCCCUCCAUCUACCUCAUCGAUCCCACGGAAGAGGAUCGCCUGGGAUUCGGUCAGGGCAGAAAAUCCCUCGAGAACAAAGACCGAAGAGCCAGUCAAUCGACUUCCAACACCAAAAAGCAGCAAAAUUCUUCAGGACCAGGGAUGGACCCUCUUACUAAAGCCCUGAAAGAGACUAGAUGGAAAAUUCUCGAACAACUUUCCAAGGUUACCACAUUCACUAGACGCACGGCCGAGGAUCUUGCUAACAACAAAAACAUUCCCCCUCAAGUGCGACGGCUAAUUCAAAACCCCGAGGUCCAAACACUACAAGAAGAGUUUGACAGCGCAAAGCUGUACCUGGCAAGAUGGGCAAUGAGCAUUGCCGAACAGGGAGAGAAGGAACGCAAGCAACGCAUGUGGAGUGCCAGAGAUGUUCUCGACUCAGAGGAAACCAGCGUCGGAGAUUUUGAAAUCCUGGACAUGGAGGCCGGUCGUAUGACGUUGACAGACAGCAAAAGACGGCCAGUCACAAUGGAGGAAUGGAAUUCAUUCUUUGAUGACAAAGGAACACUCAACAUCACCGUCGACGAGGUCAAAGAACGCAUCUUCCACGGCGGGCUUGAUCCCGAGGAUGGAGUGAGAAAGGAAGCCUGGCCCUUCUUGCUCGGCGUCUAUGACUGGAACAGCACCGAUAGCGAGCGACAUACUUAUAUGAAUGCUAAACGUGACGAGUACGUUCAACUCAAAGGGGCUUGGUGGGAUCGGUCAAGCGAUGGUCAGUCGACUCCAGAACAAGAAGAGUGGUGGAAAGAACAGAAACUUCGAAUUGAGAAAGAUGUCCACCGCACUGAUCGACAUAUCCCUUUGUUCGCUGGAGAAGACAUUCCGCACCCAGACCCCACGUCUCCAUUCUACGAUGAGAAUAGCCCCGGCACCAAUGUGCACAUGGAGCAACUCAAGGAUAUGCUUCUCACAUAUCUCGAAUAUGACACGCCUCCAUCACAAGUCAAACCUACUCCCAACUCCUCCUCCGCCUCCUCUCGACCACGUUAUCAAACUCGCAACCCCCACCCACAAAAUCUGGGCUACGUCCAAGGCAUGUCUGAUCUCCUCUCGCCACUGUAUGCCGUCUUCCAAGACGAUGCACUCGCUUUUUGGGCCUUUGUCAACUUCAUGACACGAAUGUCUCGCAAUUUUGUUCGUUCUCAGAUUGGCAUGCGCUCCCAGCUAUCCACCCUUGAUCAACUCGUACAAAUCCUCGAUCCCAAACUUUACCUUCACCUCCAAUCCGCCGACUCUACCAACUUUUUCUUCCUUUUCCGUAUGCUCCUGGUCUGGUAUAAGCGCGAGUUUGAGUGGUCCGAUACCCUUCGUCUAUGGGAAAGCCUAUGGACAGAUUACUACUCGUCACAAUUUCACCUCUUUGUCGCCUUGGCAAUCCUGGAGAAGCAUCGCGAAGUCAUUAUUGAUCAUUUGAAUCAUUUCGACGAGGUCCUAAAAUACUUCAACGAGCUCUCAGGGACCAUAGAGCUACAAGAGAUUCUCUUCCGUGCCGAAGGCCUUUUCAAACGAUUUGAAAAGGUAGUCGAAGCGAUUGAUAGGAAAAAUUCGUUUCCUGCACCAAGUACCGCCGAACCCAAGGCGUCUGACAACAGCGGCGCGACAACGGAACAAGGGAAAGUCGGCAGCAGUGGUGCCAAAAACCAGGCGGCCAUCAGACAAGCCAUGAUGUCUGGGCCUGGGCGUAUACCAUCUCGAACAGAGCAACAGAGCCAGUCCGCCGGUCGUGGGAGAAGCGUGCACCAGAACCAGGCUCAAGCGGGCUCGAGGCCCGGAAACCAAGGAAAACAGCCACAAGCUCCGCUCAACGGUGAUGGCAGCCAAGAUAAAGUCAUCACUCCACAGUUGAGGUUGUUGUUGAGCAAAAAGAUCAUCACGAUUGACACGGAGCAAACUGAGGACGCUCCACGAGUGAGGCCUAGUGGCCUAAAGGACUAGAUUUAAAGGCAGCAGCUGUAUCAAAAGCACUGUGGAUGAUGAAGCAUCUCCAGGGGAGUCACGACUUUAUGUACUUUAUAUUUGGCGGCAGAUUGCGAUUGAUUAACUUAACUCAUCGAUUUCGGGCUCUGACUGAAUGAAUAGUAGGACUGCGUCAGUUUCUUAUUGCCUAUCUUUUGUCAGUUCUCCAGUGGAUCUCAUGGUUUCAAGUAACAGCACUUAGCACAAAAAUAAUGAUGGGUUAUCAGCC